CAUAUUACUUUGAGGUCAGAGCACACGAGAUGUAAAACGGCUUUGAAGCAGAUAAAGCGAGCUAGUGGGGAGUUAUAAUUUUCUGACCAAAACAACAUUUCCUUUUUAAAAUAAUCAAGGUUUCUGUGAAGUGGUUUUGAAAUUGUUUUGAAAUCGAAAAUGUCGAGUCUUGUGUGCAGUCGAAAAUCGAAAAAUCGGAGAAGAAAACCCCCGAAACCGGAAGUUAAUGACAGCCAUUCGGAGCAUCAACAAGCGUUUACCCGGUUGUUCCGAAAUAUCACAAGACUGAUGCUCCAGAUCGAAAGGGAAAAAAUAAACAACACAGCGUGCUGGUAUUGCAAUGCGAGGCGCCGAGACGAGUUGAGAAGAAGCGACGCCACGCGAUACGUGGACGAGAGUUUGGAAAUUCAGCCAUGCAGAUCGAAGAACUACCGUCAACCAUUAACGUUGCCGCCAAUUUAUAAAACGGUUGAAUUACCUGUCGUGCAGAAAAGGAAGGUGUUGUUCCCUACCCCAUGUCGUGGACCAAUUAAAGAUUCGGAGUGGUCUGUUCUUAAUAAUUGUCGCUACCUUCGUCCGGGACUUCCGAAGUACACCGGAAACGGACCUAACAGUCAAUCCAAGAAACCUACGUUUCUCUGGACCGUUCAGAGUGCAAAAUCAUCAAAUUGCUGGUUCAGAGAGAAAAAGGAUUGAAUGUAGCAAUCUGUUUAAAUAAACUUGAACAAACAGGAACAAUCAACAAAUUGUUUUAUUUCCUUCAAAUAGUCUGUGAUUUUCAUGUAUAACAAAUGAAAUGAACAUUUAUGAAUAAUGUCCGCAUGCAUGAAUUCAUUCGUAUGCAACCACAAUCCAAGUCACGAAAUUAUAGAAAAUUGGAAUUACGUAGAAGCUAUUGUAAAAGGUAGACAGAAAAAUGCAGGUUGAUAUACGAAUAUAUCCGACAACAUGCUCUAGUUUCUUGGUUUUUUUAUAUAAAAAUUAUUAUUUCUAAAACGGAAAUAAAAAAUGAGAAAAAAUGACAACAUUUGAAGCUCUGUUUCUGUAUAAUAUUUUGUGUAUACAUAGAAAAUGCAUUUAAAAAAAAGAAUGUAAAGGAAGACCUACAUGCAGCAACUAGGUUAGUAACAGUUUCCAAGAACGAUAACUGCUCAAUAACAAAAACCAAUGCAAAACAUAAUUAAUAAUAUGACAGGUUACUUAUUGUUGUCUUGUACAGAAUGCUUAUUAUCUAGAGUUCAUAUAAAAUUUUGCACUUUCAAUGAUACAUGUAUGUCUGCCAUU